GGCGGCAACCUCGGCGCUGUGCGCAGGCGCGGCGGGCAGUGCGCAGGCGCGGGCGGAGGGCGGGCUGAAGCGGCUGAAGCGGCGGCAGCGGCGGCGGCUCGGGCAGAGGGGCGGGAGCGGACAGGCUGGUGGGCGAGCGAGAGGCGGCGGAAUGGUGGACUACCACGCGGCGAGCCAGUCGUACCAGUACGGCCCCAGCAGCGCGGGCAAUGGCGCUGGCGGCGGGGGCAGCAUGGGCGACUACAUGGCCCAGGAGGACGACUGGGACCGGGACCUGCUGCUGGACCCGGCCUGGGAGAAGCAGCAGCGCAAGACCUUCACGGCGUGGUGCAACUCCCACUUGCGGAAGGCAGGCACACAGAUCGAGAACAUUGAUGAGGACUUCCGAGACGGGCUCAAGCUCAUGCUGCUCCUGGAGGUCAUAUCAGGGGAGCGGUUACCUAAGCCGGAGCGGGGGAAGAUGAGAGUGCACAAAAUCAACAAUGUGAACAAAGCGCUGGACUUUAUUGCCAGCAAAGGCGUCAAGCUGGUCUCCAUCGGGGCAGAAGAGAUUGUGGACGGCAAUGCAAAGAUGACCCUGGGAAUGAUCUGGACCAUCAUCCUUAGGUUCGCCAUCCAGGACAUCUCCGUGGAAGAGACCUCGGCCAAGGAAGGGCUCCUUCUCUGGUGCCAGAGAAAGACAGCCCCGUAUAAGAACGUCAAUGUGCAGAACUUCCACAUCAGCUGGAAGGAUGGUCUUGCCUUCAAUGCCCUGAUCCACCGGCACAGACCAGAGCUGAUUGAGUAUGACAAGCUGAGGAAGGACGACCCUGUCACCAACCUGAACAAUGCCUUCGAAGUGGCUGAGAAAUACCUCGACAUCCCCAAGAUGCUGGAUGCAGAGGACAUCGUGAACACGGCCCGGCCCGACGAGAAGGCCAUAAUGACCUAUGUGUCCAGCUUCUACCAUGCCUUUUCAGGAGCGCAGAAGGCUGAAACUGCCGCCAACCGGAUCUGCAAGGUGCUGGCUGUCAACCAAGAGAACGAGCACUUGAUGGAGGACUACGAGAAGCUGGCCAGCGAUCUCCUGGAGUGGAUCCGGCGCACCAUCCCCUGGCUGGAGGACCGUGUGCCCCAAAAGACUAUCCAGGAGAUGCAGCAGAAGCUGGAGGACUUCCGCGACUACCGGCGCGUGCACAAGCCGCCCAAGGUGCAGGAGAAGUGCCAGCUGGAGAUCAACUUCAACACACUGCAGACCAAGCUGCGCCUCAGCAACCGGCCCGCCUUCAUGCCCUCCGAGGGCAAGAUGGUCUCGGACAUCAACAAUGGCUGGCAGCACUUGGAGCAGGCUGAGAAGGGCUAUGAGGAAUGGCUGCUGAAUGAGAUCCGCAGGCUGGAGCGGCUCGACCACCUGGCAGAGAAGUUCCGGCAGAAGGCCUCCAUCCACGAGGCCUGGACUGACGGGAAGGAAGCCAUGCUGAAGCACCGAGACUACGAGACGGCCACGCUAUCGGACAUCAAAGCCCUCAUUCGCAAGCACGAGGCCUUCGAGAGUGACCUGGCCGCGCACCAGGACCGCGUGGAGCAGAUCGCCGCCAUUGCCCAGGAGCUCAACGAGCUGGAUUACUACGACUCCCACAAUGUCAACACCCGGUGCCAGAAGAUCUGCGACCAGUGGGACGCCCUCGGCUCUCUGACGCACAGUCGCAGGGAAGCCCUGGAGAAAACAGAGAAGCAGCUGGAGGCCAUCGACCAGCUGCACCUGGAGUAUGCCAAGCGCGCAGCCCCAUUCAACAACUGGAUGGAGAGCGCCAUGGAGGACCUCCAGGACAUGUUCAUUGUCCAUACCAUCGAGGAGAUUGAGGGCCUGAUCUCAGCCCACGACCAGUUCAAGUCCACCCUGCCGGACGCCGACAGGGAGCGCGAGGCCAUCCUGGCCAUCCACAAGGAGGCCCAGAGGAUCGCUGAAAGCAACCACAUCAAGCUGUCGGGCAGCAACCCCUACACCACUGUCACCCCACAGAUCAUCAACUCCAAGUGGGAGAAGGUACAGCAGCUGGUGCCAAAACGGGACCACGCCCUCCUGGAGGAGCAGAGCAAGCAGCAGUCCAACGAGCACCUGCGCCGCCAGUUUGCCAGCCAGGCCAACGUCGUGGGGCCCUGGAUCCAGACCAAGAUGGAGGAGAUCGGGCGCAUCUCCAUUGAGAUGAACGGGACCCUGGAGGACCAGCUGAGCCACCUGAAGCAGUAUGAACGCAGCAUCGUGGACUACAAGCCUAACCUGGACCUGCUGGAGCAGCAGCACCAGCUCAUCCAGGAGGCCCUCAUCUUCGACAACAAGCACACCAACUAUACCAUGGAGCACAUCCGUGUGGGCUGGGAGCAGCUGCUCACCACCAUUGCCCGCACCAUCAAUGAGGUGGAGAACCAGAUCCUCACCCGCGACGCCAAGGGCAUCAGCCAGGAGCAGAUGCAGGAGUUCCGGGCGUCCUUCAACCACUUCGACAAGGAUCAUGGCGGGGCGCUGGGGCCCGAGGAGUUCAAGGCCUGCCUCAUCAGCCUGGGCUACGACGUGGAGAACGACCGGCAGGGUGAGGCCGAGUUCAACCGCAUCAUGAGCCUGGUCGACCCCAACCAUAGUGGCCUUGUGACCUUCCAAGCCUUCAUCGACUUCAUGUCGCGGGAGACCACCGACACGGACACGGCCGACCAGGUCAUCACUUCCUUCAAGGUCCUGGCAGGGGACAAGAACUUCAUCACAGCUGAGGAGCUGCGGAGAGAGCUGCCCCCCGACCAGGCUGAGUACUGCAUCGCCCGCAUGGCGCCGUACCAGGGCCCUGAUGCCGUGCCCGGCGCCCUUGACUACAAGUCCUUCUCCACAGCCCUGUAUGGCGAGAGCGACCUGUGAGGCCCCGGAGAGACCCAACCCAACACCCCCACGGCCUCCAGGAGGGGCCGGGGCAGCCCCACAGUCCCGUUCCUCCACUCUGUAUCUAUGCAAAGCACUCUCUGCAGUCCUCCGGGGUGGGUGGGUGGGUGGGCAGGGAGGGGCUGGGGCAGGCUCUCUCCUCUCUCUCUUUGUGGGUUGGCCAGGAGGUUCCCCCAACCAGGUUGGGGGACUUGGGGCCAGUGCUUCUGGUCUGGUAAAUAUGUAUGAUGUGUUGUGCUUUUUUAACCAAGGAGGGGCCAGUGGAUUCCCACAGCACAACCGGUCCCUUCCAUGCCCUGGGGAUGCCUCACCACACCCAGGUCUCUUCGUUGGCCGCGAGGUCUCUUCAAGGCCUCCCCAAUCCAGGCCAAAGCCCCAUGUGCCUUGUCCAGGAACCGCCUGGGCCAUGCGAGGGGCCAGCAGAGGGCGCCACCGCCACCCGACGGCUGGGGACCCACCCCAGCCCCUCUCCCCUCCCUGCUCCAGACUCACUUGCCAUUGCCAGGAGAUGGGGGCCCCAACGAGCACCCCGCUUUCGCAGCAGAGGAGCUGAGUUGGCAGACCGGGCCCCCCUGAACCCCACCCCAUCCCACCAGCCCCGGCCUUGCUUUGUCUGGCCUCACGUCUCAGAUUUUCUAAGAACCAAAAAAAAAGAAAAAAAAACACAAAACAAAAACCAAAAAAAAAAAAAUCACAAAAAACACAAAAAAAUAUAAAAAAAUUAAAAACUUUCAGAGAAUUACUAUUUACUUUAUUAACUUACGGAUUUAUUAUAUAAAUAUAUAUUCACUUAGCAACAUAUCUCUGCCGUCUCUCCUGCUCUCAUAAUGAAGACAUAGCCGAUUUUCUGCCCGGGCCCCUUGCUGAUGCUCCUCCAGGUCUGCGUCAGGCGUGGGUCUCUGGGGACCCUCCAGAGGUGGAGGUGGGCUGCUGGCCUGGCUGCCUGGUGAUUGAUGGUUUUGCUCCCCCUACCUUUUUUUUUUUUUUUUUUGAGUUUUUCUGAUUGAUUUUUUUUUUUUUCUCGGUUUCUGGAUAAACCACCCUCUGGGGACAGGAUAAUAAAACAUGUAAUAUUUUUAAGAAGGA